AGACUGGUGGGGUUUGGGCGUGCAGGUGGCUCGGGCUGGCUGGGCGGUCUGGCUGAAAUUUGAUAUAAAGGAUGUCUUGAUAAGUCUUUGUAAUACAUUUUUUAAAGAGUCAUUAGGCUAUUGGUUAAAGGUGCAACUCAAUAUUGAUUAUUGAAUUAUCUUUUAUCUAGUUCAGUCUUAUCAAUCACUUAAACAUAUUUAAUAAUGUUCUCUUACUUAAGCUUGGUGACUGUGGGCAUUUUUGCUUACUUUUUGUUAUUCUAAAUAGAGACGGCUAGAAGGGCCAUGCGUCAUAUUAUAUAGAUUGUGUAGAAAUGCAGGAAAUUAGUUUUAGAUGCCAAAACUAAUUCUGGAGGAAGACUCAAAGACCCCCGCACCAGGUUACCAGGUCACAGUUAAUUACAGCUGUUUCCCCCCUCUGGCACAGCAUGGUUUGUGCCCUUAUGGCCCAAGGCUUUGAAGGUCACUGAUAAUUGGGCUCUUUUAUAAUGUUCGUCAUGGGCUGUCAAGCGUCAGAAGUAAAUCCCAGGGACCAGGGAGGAGAGGGCAGUGCGUCACAUGUCACAAUGUUUUGUUUUCAGUGGAAUAGCUCUCUUGUAGUCUCCAUAACCCUGGAGUCACAGUAACUGCACAGCUGUCUCAUACACACACACACAUUUACAUAACUGGCUUUUACUUAACAUAAUUUGUGGUGCAUUAUAUAUAUAUUUUUUAACAUAAUAUUGCAGGGAAUUUCCCUACACAAACAUGCAUUACAGAAAAACUCAGUCUUGUGGCCGGGCACAGAAUAUGUAAGGUCUCCUCUUUGCGCUCCUUCUACUUAACUAGUUUAUGACCAUCCCUAGUUAAAUAAAAAUACAAUAAAAAUACAAAUUCAUGACCUGCAUCUCCCUCUACUGGUAGGUGUAGGGUCAGUUAAACUGCGGUAGAGCUUCCUCCAGUAUGAUCCAGCUCAAAACAAGGAAAUGGAACAUGUAAGCUAGCUAGAUGCGAUUUCAAUCACCGUUACACUUUGUAAUUAGAAUUAGCUAGUUAUGGUAAAGAAACUUGAGUAGGCGUGACAUCUCUGUUAUUUAGAAACUGAUAUUAUCAAAAUAAUUUUAAUAAGUAACGUACACAGCGGCGGCAGGUGUCACAAACGGAAGAAGUCCAUGUAACGUUAGCUAAAGUAUCGCGUGACCGCAAAAACGAAAAAGUUUACGGAUUUGCUUUGUUCUGUGGCUACUUGAUAAAUAUUGUGACUCUUUUUGGAUCAUCUCUUUAUUUACGGCAUCGAUUUCAUAAAAUGGAUAUAAUUUGCUCGCUGUAUUUUAGUUACGUUAGAUAGCUAUCGUACCAUCAGACUCAUGAGUGCUUCCCGCUGGUUCGCUGGCUAACUAGCUAGCUAGGUGCUAGCUAAAUGGCUAGCUAAUUUGAGAAGUUCACAGAGAUGGAUGAUAUAAUUUCGCUCAGCUCGGGGAGCGGAGAGGACUCGGAUGUUGAAGUUGUUGGCGUUUACAGUGACACCGAGAACAAGGCCGAAGCAAUACCUUUUAUCAGAGGAGGAUGGGUCAAUCUGGCUGCCUACACACCGUUUGUGAUUGACAUUACUGGUCGGAGGUGGGCACUACCACCACCAAGGAGGCGCAGGAGGAGGGACCCAGGUGGGCCUGUAGAAGUGGUGGACUUGAGUGACAACAACCUCUCGGAUCACUCAGAUCCAGGGCCGGUGAGUCCACUACCUCAGGGAGAGAAAAAGACUGAGGGACUUUCAAAACACAAAGGACCACACACCAAAAGUCCAGAUUCUCUGUCCCGCUCCCCAACUGAACAAGAGUUGGAGAACAAAGCUGUUUUAAAAGCAGAAGAACGUGACAUCCUUGAGUCCAAUCAGAGUUCUCUCAGGGAUUCAUCUUCAACUGGACCACCAGAUGUCAAGAACGCUGUGAAAUGCUCAGACGUAGACAUUCCAAAAUGUCCGGUCAAAUCACCAAGUGUGCCUAAAUCUGAACCGCCAGCAGAGAAGGCAAAAGCCUCAGUGUCUUCCUCUUACCAGAUAACUUGGGAGUCACAACAGUGCUUGGGUAUAACUUCUCAACCACUGUGUGAAGGGAAAGAAGAGACAGAAUGCCUCAAGGCCAAGACCCAAACCUCAAUAACCAUUCCAAAUGAAGCUCCGACAAGCUGCACUGGAAAAGUAGAAAAGCAUGCAUUGGAAGAGCAAGAAAUAGAGUCUAUGUUUACAACGUAUACACCUCUUCUGACAGAGGAAAGGGAAGAACCAGGGUCUCCACAAUCAUUACUCUAUGCUACUCUCUCCCUCUCCCCCCAAAGCCUAGACAGCCCCUAUUACGUCCCUGAUGAUACAGACCCAGACCAUUUCAGGUUCUCAGAGGAUUGGGGUGUACAUGAAACUCGGCACAACGACACCUGUUAUUCCCCUACACACAUCCCCUUUGAGAGCUCUCUCUCUCCACCUCUACCUGAUGAUCAGACAGUGUGUCUCAACCAGAGUCUUAAACAGGAUCCAGUCUACCCCUAUAGCUCCCCUACCAAUGGCACAGGAUCAGUGCUGUUGGAGGAAAUAAAUCAACUUCAGGGCUUAAACCGCACCAUCUCCAGUCCCUGCUCUCCUUCCAUAGAACCAGACCAGCAGGCUCCCCAGAAUUCCCAGCUAACCACCGGCUCCAACUCCCCUGGCUCCUGCAUGGGAGGAACUCAUAGCAAUAAUGAGAGCCAGCCCAACCGGACCCCCAGCCUUACGUCCACAGUCAUCCUAGCUGGGGAGUCCCCAGACUGGCCUGUGGAUGAGACUGAUGCGGAUCUGGUUAUGGAUAGCCCCCUGUACAUGUGUAGUAGUAUCCCUAGUGACCCUCCCAUGUCGCUGCGGUCUGAGGACAUGGAUGUGGAGGCAGGGCCCAGAUCUCCUGAGGCCAGCCAGCCUGGUUUGGGGGCUGAGGGCUUGAUGACUACUGCAUGGAGGGAUGGCAAUGAAGGAGAGGAGAUGGGUGGAGAGAGGGUUGGUGGUGAGAAUGACAUGGAGGUCAGCAGAGAGGACAGACGCUAUGUGUGUCCAAUCCAGCUCAGGAAACUGAGGCAGCUGAUGGCUGGACCAGUUCAGCACCUGGAGGAUGAGGAAGAGGAGGACGAUGGUUUUGGUGACCCAGAGCCUCUGUGCAGACAGAGCCUGAGCCUGGUGUACAGCACCAUGGAGGAGAACUACCCAGAGGGCACCCUGCAGCUGCUGUCUGACCUGCUGCAGCCCCGCUUCUUCCCCCCCAUCGACAUCACCACCCACCUCCUCAGAGGCAUCCUGCUGGACCCCCAGUGUCCCGACUUUCUCUGUCUGGAGGCCUACACUCUCCUCAUGAGGACCCAGAGGCACAAUCACACCGAUCAGACCACUAUCCCAUGGGACUGGGAGCUGUUGACGUCAGUCAUGGCUGCUGAACAGAGCCGUGGCAGGAGGCUCUGCUGUGAGGUGGUGCGUAUGCUGCUGCAGUACGUCGUCCAGACCAUGGAGGAUGACUUCCGGGUCAAACUCUCCUUCCGUGAUCUCCACCAUUCCAUCGCCAAGGCAACCCUGUCAUGUGAUGUACGGUUCACCCAGGUCAGAGAUGUUAUCAAUUGGCUCUUUGCUGCUAUUGUGAAAUCAACAGGGGACAAAGGCAACAUGUCUGCUAACAUUGAGGUGAAAACACAGAAGGAAAAAGAUGAACAUCUAAAAAUGGUGUUCCUCCUCCAGAAGAUGCUGUCCUUUGCCUUGGAGGUGGAUCGCUCCCCGGCUCUCAACUCCAGCAAACUCUCUGGGGAACUCUUCCACACGCUCAUCAGCACUGUCUGUCUGAGACAACACAGGAUGCUGAUGCUGGAGACCCUGGAGAGCAGACUACUGAGAUGUAAGCUGAUAGAGCACCUGCUGCACCAUGCAAGUCCACAGAAGACCCCUCUGCCCAUGUCUCUGAGUCUGCUGCUACACUUCCUACACAACGCCACCCUCCCACCUGACCCUACAGAUGGAGCUGAGAGCUGGAAGAAGUGGGAGGAGUUGGUCCAACUACUAUGGAUGUUGUUGCUGAGCUAUGAGGAAGUGAUGAAAGGUCACCUGCGCUCUGCCGUCACCGAGCGAGGGGGCUACGGUCGCGCUCCAAUCCAGACAGUGAAUGAUUCUUUGUCGCGGUUGGCGGUCCAGGAGGCUAUAGAGACCUUCCUGUCCAGAGCCCAGGCUGACCUGGGCCAAGACCUGCCUCCACACAUCCACGAGUCCCUCACCUACCUGCAGGAUCAUCUGCUGGCCUCCUCUCAUUGACGAUAAUCUCAGCGCUUUGGUUCAAGCGGCUGUUGAUUGAUUUCUAUUUAUUUUUGUAAUGAUUCAUUCAGUUUUCAAAUUUUUCCCCCAAUGAAUUGUUUUAAAUAAAUAUUUAUUAUUUUUUUUAA